UGAAACCUUCAUCGCAGCGGCAGUUUAUCGCAUCUACAAGCAAGAGCAUCAUAUCGCAUCACAGCAUACCGCAUCGCAGAGAGAUGGACGUCCAGCCAAGGCACGAAGAGAGUGACACAUGGCAUCCCGAGAGGCAGGUAGAGUACGGGAGAAGAAGGAGGACGGCACAGCUGCUCACCCGGUCUCAUGACGUGAUGCGUCUGGUUGUGGUGCAGCUGAUUCUGGGUGAGUUGAAGCAGACGAGAAGGAUCGUCUCGUGGGGUGCUGCGAUUGUCGGUCUUCUCACGAUCAUUUCAGCUGGUACCGAGGGGAUGGAUGGAUGAGCGCGGCACAUUCACGUGUGUGUCGGGUAUGGCGCAUGUGUGCGUGCGCUUGCUGCAGGCGUCCUUGUUGUCGACAUCCAAAGUGAGCGCCGACUGACACACACAAAACGAUGGGUGCUUUGCGGCAUGUGUUGACGGCCGGCUGGCCACACAUGGUUGUUUGUGCUGCUUCUCUGAUUCUGUCUUUCCCCCCUCAGUGCUCAAGGAGGAGCGGGUGGAUCCCGACUCGAACAUCAUUCUAUCGCAGAAGAACAAACGGCCCCUCCGUGUGCAGGAGCAGUUGGACAUCAUUCCCCUCCAUGUGCUCAACGCCGUCCCGCUUCAGAGUCUGCAGAAGCUGCAGACAGUCACCCUGCAGGUCCGCACGAUGGAUGAACGUGACGCCGUGUGUUGAUAUAUGCACACCGCCUUUUUGUGUGCAUCUGUUGUGUGUGUGUGUGUGUGUGUGUGCAGGUGGCCGAGAACACCACAAAGUUCUACCAGAUCCACGCGGCGUCCCGUGACGACUAUCGCAACGCCACGACACUUUUUUUGUCCCUCAGCACCACACUCGAGCUCACAUCAAGUAACCACACAGCGGCAACACAACACGCCCACCACACACCACCACGCUUGCAUCGGUGUCCUGGUGUCUGUCACGAUCCAUCAGGCACCGCCCGUCUGAUUGAGGACGGCACGCUGCUCCAAGAGUGGGAGCUGACCACAGCGCAGCAGCACGCUGCAGCAGUUGACAGUGACGACACCGAUGAGACGAGGAGGCGGCUUUGGGCUUGGGGCGCGAGAUACCGCGCCAUCCCUUAUAUGGGACCAGCGGCAGCAUACCCUGUCGGCUAUGCCGUCGGUCAGUGAAGGGAGAGAGAAACACAGACAGACAGACAGACAGACAGACAGAGAAGCAAACACCGACCACAUGGGUCCGUCUCUCUUUGUGCUGUCUGUUGUGGCUGCGUGCGGUGCAGCCGUCCCGGUGUAUCCUUACACUGCGGCUGCCCCGGCCUAUGCGUAUCCGUCGACCCCCUAUGCCGCCGGAUACUACAGCCCAGCGGCCGCCGCAGUGGCUCAGAACCAGGACGCAUAUGGCUACCCGGUGCCGGCCAACGGCGCAGCGACAGCUGGCAACGCCGUCGGGUACUACAACCAGCCCGUCAGGGUGCCGCCAUGACGUACGUAUUUGUUGAUUGGUCAUGGCGGUGUGUGGGGCAUACUUUAUAGUUUAUGCGUAGGGAGACAGAGAGAGAGAGAGACGCAGGUGUGGUAUAUCUUUCUAUCUGUGUGGGUCAGUGGUCAGUCAGUGUGCUAAUUGAUGUGUAUCGGCACAGCACACCGGCCCUCCCUCGGCGGCCCUCCUUUUUUUCGUUGGAAGGUCGUAGGUGGGCAUCUGUAGUUGUGUUCUGCAGUGGGCUGGGCGGGAGGGAGGUUUGUGUUUCUUUUCAAUGAGCCCGUUUUGAUUACCUACCUACCUACCUACCUGCAUCUUUUGGCUCCUUCUGUCGCUGCUUGUGGUCUUUAUGCUAGCCGCCCUGUGUGCCUGGAUUUCCGCCAGUGACUGCAGUGAGGCCAGGCCGCUGUUUGUAGGCUCCUGUGUCAGUCAGGAGAGAUUUGAGCCUUUUUUGUUUGUGUCGUCAGUCAGUCAUUUUGGCAGACAGGUUAGGUUGGUACAUACAGGACAGACACGUGUACGUGUUGGCCGUCACCUCUCUCUCCCUCCGCUGUAUGAUCUGUGUACCGCUACUCACCUAUGGUGCAGGUACUGUCUCUACGUUUCUGCCUGGGUACGGAAGGAGAGAGAGGUGACACUCUGACCUUUUUGUAUAACGUGACUAGUCAGAAGGGCAAAAGGGAUGAACAGACAAGCUUGACAUGAUUGUUGCUUCAGGGCCGAUGAACCAACCUGGUCGAUCUCCGCAUGCAUCCAGCCUGGUCAGACAUUAAUUGUCGUUGCAUGUGUAGACAAAGACACGAAUAAAGGGGAA